AUGCGGCAGCCUCCACUUAUUUGUCUUUCCUCCACUCGAUUAGGGACAAUUUUGAUCGACUGGAAUACCGGGGAACGUCUUCUAUCCGGUGUGACUUGGUUACAAGAAUGGUUGGCGACCAACGGCCUGAGAGCUCACAGACGACCGUUAUCAAUGAUCACAGAGUUCGCCAGCCUCUUAGCCACUCCGAAGGAUCAGAUGCUGAGGAUGACUUGGGAUUCGUUUCGAUCAAUGUACCCGGAGAUCCAUCCGGCCUUGCUAAAAUUCAUGCUCAAGGAAUACAGCGUUGAUGUGCACAGUGUGCCAUACGAUGCUUGGGCUGUUGACCCGCAGGACGAGACGGCCGCCAAUGAGGAUCCAUUCGAAGUGAUCCAGGGCAUCUUCGACAGCUGGUGUGCUAGAGAGCGAAUACAGUACCAGAAGCCACAGCAGCACUCCGGACCUGCCUACCGACCGAUGGAUCCACGGGCAUUCUUUAAACUCUCAGGGACAGAAGAAUUUAUUAAGCGCCUCGAUCAACAGUUGGAGGGUAUGUGUAUUUGCUUUUACGUCCUUGCUUGA